AUGAUAGCCACUGGUGGGGUCAUCACUGGCCUGGCGGCCCUGAAGCGGCAGGACUCUGCCAGGUCCCAGCAACACAUCAACCUCAGCCCACUGCCUGCUACCCAGGACCAGAAACCAGUCAGACGGCGACCAAGAGCUGACGUCGUGGUGGUCCGAGGGAAAAUCCGACUUUAUUCUCCAUCUGGCUUUUUCCUCAUUCUGGGAGUGCUGGUGUCCAUCAUAGGAAUCGCCAUGGCAGUUCUUGGAUAUUGGCCCCAGAAGGAGCAUUUCAUCGAUGCAGAGACCACACUGUCCACCAAUGAGACCCAGGUGGUUCGGAACCAGGGCGGUGUGGUAGUGCGCUUCUUUGAGCAGCAUCUACACUCCGAUAAGAUGAAGAUGCUUGGCCCAUUCACCAUGGGCAUUGGCAUCUUCAUUUUCAUCUGUGCCAAUGCCAUCCUUCAUGAGAACCGUGACAAGGAAACCAAAAUCAUCCACAUGAGGGAUAUCUAUUCCACAGUCAUUGACAUUCACACGCUGAGACUCAAGGAGCAGAAGCAGGCGAAUGGCCUGUACGCAGGCUUGCUGGGAGACACCGAGGUGAAGCAGAACGGCAGCCCCUGUGCAUCCAGGCUGGCUGCCACCACCUUGGCCUCUUUCUCAGGAAUGCGGAACAGCUUUCGGGUGGACAGCUCUGUGGAGGAGGAUGAGAUGAUGUUGACUGAAAGUAAGAGCCCAGGACACCUCAUGCCCCCGUUGCUAUCUGACAGUGCAGUCUCCGUCUUUGGCCUUUAUCCACCUCCAGCCAAGACCACCGAUGACAAGACCAGCAGCUCCAAGAAAUGUGACACCAAAUCGAUCGUGUCAUCAUCCAUCAGCGCUUUCACGCUGCCUGUGAUCAAACUUAAUAACUGUGUCAUUGAUGAGCCCAGUAUAGACAGCAUCACCGAGGUUCCAGACAACCUCAAAAGUAGGUCCAGAAAUCUUUCAAUGGAUUCCCUCGUGGUUCCACUGCCAAGCUCUGGUGAGUCCUUCCAGCCUGCCAGCACAUUACUCCCAAGGAAUAAUUCCAUUGGGGAGUCCCUAUCUAGUCAAUACAAGUCCUCUGUGGCUCUGGGACCUGGGGCUGGACAGCUCUUGUCUCCCGGGGCUGCGAGAAGACAGUUUGGAUCCAACACAUCCUUACAUUUGCUCUCUUCUCACUCCAAGUCCCUAGACUUAGACCGAGGUCCUUCCACACUCACAGUGCAGGCAGAACAGAGGAAGCACCCAAGUUGGCCCCGGUUAGAUCGGAGCAACAGCAAAGGGUAUAUGAGACUGGAGAACAAAGAGGACCCAAUGGAUCGGUUGCUCGUUCCCCAAACAGCAAUCAAAAAAGACUUUACGAAUAAAGAGAAACUUCUUAUGAUCUCAAGAUCUCAUAACAACUUGAGUUUUGAACAUGAUGAGUUUUUGAGUAACAACAUAAAGCGAGGAACUUCUGAGACAAGGUUUUAG